GAAAUGGAGAGGCAGAAAAGCUAAUCGCUAGUGGUCUUUGGUUUGAUUCUGGAGGAGCCACGAGAAUAUGCCAAAAUCGGAAUACCUCAAAAGACAAAGACAACGUUUGUAAACUAAAAAGGCAUUUGAAAAUACCACAACGGUUGUGCUGAAAAGAGAACGAAUAGACUCAGCGAUGAUCGUCUUGCUCUGAUCAAGAAGCGAACAGAAGAGAGGAAGAAAGAGAUACUUCAGAAUGAAUCGAGAUGGGUGGAGGAAGAGAGCCGAUGAAAACGAUGGUUGGGGUGGAAGGGGGGGUUACAUGUCCUCCAAGGUGUCCAAGCUGGACGAGCAGUUCAGGCUGGACGCCCCCAAGGAGAGGCAGAAGGAGGGGUCCUGCUCCAGCAUUUUCAGAGGCGUCGCCAUCUAUGUCAACGGAUACACAGACCCCACUGCAGACGAGCUGCGCAGGCUGAUGAUGCUGCACGGUGGACAGUACCAUAUGUACUACUCCCGCUCCAAGACCACCCACAUCAUCGCCACCAACCUGCCCAACUUCAAGAUCCAGGAGCUGAAGGGAGAGAAGGUGGUGCGGCCAGAGUGGAUCACAGACAGUGUCAGGGCUGGGCACCUGCUCCCCUACCUGCAGUACCAGCUCUAUGCCAAGCAGAAGGGGCUUUGCUUUCCCACUGGGCGUGUCGUCCAGGCCCAGGAGCCCGCUGGGCCCAGUCGAUUCCCCAGCCACGCCUACAGCGAGCUGAACCACACCCGUUCUGAGCUGGACCACACCCACCACAAGCUGAACCACACCCACCACGAGCUGGACCACACCCACAACAACCUGAACCACACCCACUACGUGCAGGACCACGCCCACCCCAAACAAAAUCACACACCUCGUGUCCGCCGAGAACUGGAUUUCAGACUGAAUGGGUCAGGGAAGAACUGUGUGGACCUGUUACUGGAGUCCAAAAUGAAUGGGGUACGGCAGGAAGGCUGCAGCCCCUCCGACCGGCCCCUCACCAAUGGUCACGCUCACCCUGCAAAUGGUGCCUUAAAACCCUUGGACUUAGUCCUCCAUCCCGGACGAGCCCCCAUAGGCCUCCAGCAGCACCAGUCACCCCCACCUCAUCCCCCAACCCUGGACCGCCCCCAGGCCUCUCCCUCGCGGAUGGACAGUCGCCAGGUGUCUGGAUCCCCCGGAAUGUCCACCCGACACCCCCUCUCUUGGCAGAGACCAGCCUUCGGUUCACCCACUACCCAGAAACCCGCCCUCCAACCCUCAGCCAACCAGAACACAGCUGCCAUCCCCAAGCCCCACCUGCAGAGUCCCCUGCCCCAGUCGCCUGGCCCUGAGAAGCCCCUCCCUCACAGUGGGGCAGACUCCCCCCAGUGCAGCAGGGUGAGGCUGAACGGUGCGCACCACUCCCCGCACCAGGACCCCUCCCCACGCCCGCUCAGCAUUCAGGACCUGAAUGACUCUCCGGGGCGGCACCAGCCCACAGAAGCAUGGGACAGCAUAUCAGGCUACUACUCCCUCUCCCGCUUCCACCACAUCUCCACCUGGAAGAACGAGUUCUGCCAGUACGUCCACUCCCUGCAGCAGCAGCGCCGGGCACAAGGGGGCGCUGUCUUCCCCGGGAGGGAGCGGCUGAGGCGACAGCGGGCGGCCCAGGGCGCAGGCUCGCCGGGCCCAGCUGGCGCUCAGAACCGGCAGCCCUGCAUCCUGCAUGUAGACAUGGACUGCUUCUUUGUCUCUGUGGGGAUCCGAAACCGCCUAGACCUCAAAGGCAAGCCUGUUGCCGUGACGAGCAACCGCGGACCCGGACUGGCGCCUUUGCGGCACGGAGCCAACUACCAGCUGGAAGUGCAGUACUACCAGAGGAGACGAGCCCAGAGCCGGGCAGAGAGAAGGGAGGGUGUCCUGGAUGAGACCCCCUCGCCGGAGAGUCCCGACACGCUGGGAAACGGAGCGGACCCGGAUCUCUCCACCCUGUCCAUGGCCGAGAUAGCCUCCUGCAGCUACGAGGCCAGGCGAGCGGGCGUGAGGAAUGGCAUGUUUUUCGGCCAGGCCAAGCGUCUGUGCCCGGGGCUGCAGGCCGUGCCCUACGACUUCCAGGCCUACAAGGAGGUGGCGCUGGCCUUGUACGAAACGCUGGCCAGCUACACCCAUGACCUGGAGGCUCUGAGCUGUGACGAGGCGCUGCUGGACGCCAGCGGGCUGCUGGGUGAUCUGGGCGUGUCGCCCGACGAGCUGGCCAGUGCCAUCCGGGCCGACGUGAAGGAGAGAACGGGCUGUUCUGCCUCUGUGGGCAUGGGUUCAAACAUCCUGCUGGCCAAAAUGGCGACUCGCAAGGCCAAACCGGAUGGACAGCACUACCUGAAGCCCGAGGAAGUGGACGACUUCAUCAGAGAUCAGUCCGUCACCAGCCUGCCAGGUGUGGGACGGUCACUAGGGCUCAAGCUGGCCUCGCUGGGGGUGCGCACCUGUGGGGACCUGCAGCAGAUGUCCCUCUCCCGCCUGCAGAGGGAGUUAGGGCCCCGGACGGGCCAGACGCUGUUCCGUUUCUGCCGCGGCCUGGACGACCGGCCUGUGAGGAGUGAGAAGGAGAGGAAGUCUGUGUCGGCGGAGAUAAACUACGGGAUCCGAUUUACACAGGUGUCAGAGGCAGAGUCCUUCCUGAGGAACUUUUCCCUGGAAAUGGAGCGUCGGCUGCGAGGCUUCGGCCUCCGGGGUCGCAGGCUCACCCUCAAGAUCUUGGUGCGAAAACCGGGGGCCCCAGUGGAGCCCGCCAAAUUUGGGGGGCACGGCAUCUGUGACAGCCUGUCCAGGCAAGUGACCCUGGAGCAGGCCACGGACAGCGGCGAGCUGAUUGGCUCGGAGGUGGUGAAGCUCUUCCAUUCCAUGCAGGUGAACGUGCUGGAUGUGCGCGGGGUGGGCCUGCACGUGCACCAGCUCCUGCGCUCCCGCCCCGCCUCCCAGGACCCAUCCCGCCCUCGCUCCAUCAGGGACAUGCUGCUGGCACGCCGCUCCGCCAGCCUGGGCCAGCCAGCCACGCCAGAGGGCUCACCCACCCCUGCUCCUACUCCAGAUGGGUCAUCCAAUCAGAGCAUAGGCUCUCCUACAAUAGCUCCACCCCCACACUCCUCGUCUACCCCUACCUCCUCCAGUACAGACCCUGUGCCUGGGACCAGUAAGGCAGAACCCCCGCCAAGAUAUAACGGGGGUUUCCACACCCCCAGCCAUGGCAGCUCACCCCUCAACCUCAGCAUUGAGGUCCCUUCCCCUUCACAGGUGGACCACUCUGUGCUGGAUGCGUUGCCACCAGAGAUCAGACAGCAAGUGGAGCGGUCCUGGAGGCACAGGGAGGAGCUUCCCAACUACCCGGCCCCGCCCCCAUCCACACCCCCCGCCCAGCCCCCGGGCACGUUAAUCCUGCAGAUCCCAGAUCAGUCAGGGCAGGCUGGCCCCACGGGCAUCAUCCUGGCACUGCCUGACGUCUCCCAGGUGGACCCGGACGUGUUUGCAGCCUUGCCCCCCGAGCUGCAGGAAGAGCUUCAGUCAGCGUAUGUGCGCAGAGUUAACGCCCAGCCCCAAAGCCCCAUGGCGUCCAGGAACGCUCUGCUCCUCCUGAAACCGCCGGGCCCCAGCCCGACCAAGCGGUGCAACAAAAGGAAGAACAUGAGCCCCGCCAAGAAAAUGAGCCCGCGCCCCAGCCCCCUGAAAAGCCGUCUCCCUGGAAACAGCCCUGCCAAAAGCAGCCCGGUCAAGCCGCUCCGGCACGCGCUCAGACAUAGGGACAUGUCCACUGAUGCUCUGAAGCCUGAGGUCGGACCCUCGACGUCCUCCCUGAAGCCGGACGUCCCAAAGGAAGCGCCCAGACUCGCUCCCAGCCCGAGUCCCUCUCUGGCUGGUGCCUGCGAUCUCACGGACAUCCAAACCCUGCUGAGGGACUGGGUCACUACCAUCCCAGAGCCCAUGGAGGAGGACAUUCUGCAGGUGGUGAAGUACUGCACAGAGCUGAUUGAAGAUCGCGACCUGGAGAAACUCGACCUGGUCAUCAAACACAUGAAGAGGCUAAUGCAGCAGUCGGUGGAGUCGGUGUGGAGCAUGGCCUUCGACUUCAUCCUGGAUAAUGUGCAGGUGGUGGUGCAGCAGACAUACGGCAGCACCCUGAAGGUCACGUAGAGGAUGAUCUCCUAGGAGCCCCAGGGACAGGGCAGGGGGGAGGGACUAAGCGCUGGAGGAUCAACCAGAAACCCCGCUCAUAGACUGACCCCCAAAAUAGCUACAGGGUACAGGGGGUGCAGAAGCCCCUCCCCCCAAAAUACACAGAUCUUCUUUCAGAGGAGCUGGUUACAGAAAAAAGGACAGGAGAGAGACCUCCCUCCUCCAGCUGUGUCAAUCUGUUUUUAUCUCUCUCUGUGCUGUGCAAUAUCUGCUUGUUA